AUGUCGAUCGACAGUGACGAAACAUCCUGCGAGGAUGAACCUUUGCCGCGAGCUAAUCGUGACUGGAACUUUGUCGCAGGAACUGGCGAGUCGGGCAAGUCUACCUUCAUUAAGCAGAUGAGAAUCAUCCAUGGCUCCGGUUACUCGGAUGAGGAUAAGAAAGGAUUUAUCAAACUCGUGUACCAAAAUAUUUUCAUGGCGAUGCAGUCCAUGAUCCGGGCGAUGGACCUCCUGAAGAUUCAGUAUGGCGAUUCCUCGAAUAUAGAAAAGGCGGAAUUGGUGCGGAGUGUGGAUUUCGAAACGGUGACGACGUUCGAGAGUCCAUAUGUGGAGGCGAUUAAGGAUCUGUGGGCGGACGCGGGUGUACAGGAGUGCUACGAUCGUAGACGGGAAUACCAGCUCACGGACUCCGCCAAGUAUUACCUAAUGGAGAUAGAUCGAGUCGCGGCAAAAACCUACCUCCCUACAGAACAGGACAUUCUUCGUGUGAGAGUGCCCACCACCGGUAUAAUUGAAUAUCCCUUUGACUUGGAAGAGAUCCGAUUUAGUUAUCUUAGUGACUUAGAGCGUAUUGAAAAGCCUGAUUUCCUCCCGACCGAGCAAGACAUCCUCCGGGCACGAGCUCCCACCACCGGCAUUAUAGAAUAUCCAUUUGAUCUGGACUCCAUCAUAUUUAGGAUGGUAGACGUCGGUGGGCAGAGGUCGGAAAGAAGAAAGUGGAUUCAUUGUUUCGAAAACGUUACUUCAAUUAUAUUUUUAGUAGCUCUAAGUGAAUAUGAUCAAAUUCUAUUUGAAUCGGAAAAUGAGAAUCGAAUGGAGGAAAGUAAAGCACUCUUCAAAACGAUUAUAACAUAUCCCUGGUUUCAACACUCCUCUGUUAUCCUGUUUCUCAAUAAGAAAGAUCUGUUAGAGGAAAAGAUUAUGUACUCUCAUCUCGUCGAUUAUUUUCCGGAAUAUGAUGGUCGGCAGAGAGACGCUAUACAAGCUAGAGAAUUCAUUCUGAGGAUGUUUGUUGAGUUGAAUCCGGACAGCGAGAAGAUUAUUUAUUCCCACUUUACGUGUGCCACAGAUACGGAAAACAUCAAGCUUGUGUUCUGCGCUGUUAAGGAUACGAUCAUGCAAACCGCGCUUAAGGAGUUUAAUCUUGCUUAACGUGACUGUGUAGAUAUUAUUAAGCAUACUGCAGAUUCUUGACGAUAUUAUUUGAUACAAUUUUGAAUACCGAGAAUGACGUAGACUUGUAUCAUAAAUUACACAGACAGAGCUGACUUACAAUUAAUAUAAUAAUUUAACCGACGAGUGCUAUAGAAGUAGCCAAAUAGUAUAACGAUUAUUUAACAAA